UCACGCUGCGUCGGGGGGAGGUGCCUCAGUGAGUUGGGGGUGGGAGGAGCCUUGUUAGGGCUGCAGCGGCUGUAAUCCUUAGUCGGAGUCUGCACGGCGGCUAGUCAUGUUACGGGGGAUUACGGUGCUGUGCAGGGCAUGGCUGCCGGCGCGGACAGCUCCCCGGUGCCUGCACACAGUUUAUCAGAGCACCGAGUUACCGGACACCCACCGUAUGCUGCGGGACACAUGCAGGGAAUUCUCCGAGAGAGAGCUACAGCCCAUAGCUGCACAGCUGGACCGGGAGCACCGGUACCCGAAGGAACAGAUCCAGAAGAUGGGACAAAUGGGCUUACUGUCUGUGGAAGUCCCGGAAGACCUAGGUGGAGCAGGACUGGACUACUUGGCUUAUUCUAUUGCGGUAGAAGAAAUAAGCCGUGGCUGUGCAUCCACUGGAGUCAUCAUGAGUGUCAACAAUUCUCUUUAUUUAGGGCCAAUCCUCAAAAAUGCCUCUGAGGAGCAGAAAAAGAAGUGGAUUACUCCAUUUUGCAGUGGUGACAAGAUCGGCUGCUUUGCACUCAGUGAACCAGGUAACGGCAGUGAUGCAGGUGCAGCAAGUACUGUUGCCAGGCUGGAUGGGAAAGAGUGGGUUCUGAAUGGAACAAAAUCCUGGAUCACAAAUGCAUGGGAUGCUUCCGCAGUUGUCGUCUUUGCUACAACAGAUAAGUCCAAGAAACACAAGGGUAUUAGUGCCUUUUUAGUUGAGAUGCCAACCCCAGGUUUAUCUCUUGGAAAGAAAGAGGAUAAGUUGGGAAUCCGGGCUUCAUCCACUGCUAAUUUGAUUUUUGAAGAUUGCCGCAUACCACAUGAGAAUAUUCUAGGACAGCCUGGAAUGGGCUUCAAAAUUGCUAUGCAAACUUUAGAUUCGGGGAGGAUUGGCAUUGCUUCUCAAGCUCUUGGUAUUGCCCAGGCUGCUCUGGACUGCGCUGUAGACUAUGCAGAGAAGAGGAUGGCAUUUGGAGCCCCAAUUACCAAACUUCAAGCUAUCCAGUUUAAGCUGGCGGACAUGGCCCUAGCUCUAGAGAGCGCAAGGCUCCUGACCUGGAGAGCAGCAAUGCUAAAAGAUAACAAGAAGCCUUUUACAAAGGAAGCUGCAAUGGCAAAACUAGCAGCAUCUGAGGCUGCCACAAUGAUAUCACACCAGGCCAUUCAGAUUCUUGGCGGUAUGGGGUAUGUAACAGAGAUGCCUGCUGAACGCCAUUAUAGAGAUGCACGAAUCACAGAAAUCUAUGAAGGCACCAGUGAGAUUCAGAGACUAGUUAUAACCAACCAACUGCUUAAGGAAUAUCAACAAUAACCAUCAGAGGAAAAGAUACUGACCGAAAUGCCUUAAAGGAUAAGAGCCACCAAAUCAAUAUUUACAGUUAGGUCAAUAAUGCACAUCUUAUCCAUGUCACUGAAUUAGAAUGUACACGGCAAUGUUUUAUUUUGAGGAGAAUACUGAGACAAGAAUUAUCUGCCAUACAAAUACCACUACAUUUGGGGGAAAAACUGUUCAUGAUUAGAUAAUUUUUAUACACAAUAAAGUUAUGUAAAUUUGUAUGA